AUGUCGCCUCUUCCCUGCCCUCCACUUUCUACCACCUGCCUUCCGCCUUGCAGGGAGGCUACCACCGGCUCCGGGAAGCCCCUCCCGCAGACCUGCCGCUCCCCUGACUCAGAAGGAGCUGCUCGACCGACAGAUACCAAGGUCGUCUUUGCGCCGGCGUGCGACCAAUUUAAUACGGUAGAGGAUUUAAAAACCUGCACAAGAGCCUACUGCCUAGUGUGGCUCCCAUACCAAAGUCCGAGAAGCGAGGGAAGUGAGACCUGGAAGGAGGAUGACCUGGCUCACCUUCCUGGAGCCUUCCGGUCACUUACAAUUCAAACAAAAGAAACACCAAAAAGCUCGCUCGUGUGUCAUGGGCUCCUUUUCUCUGUCUCGGCACCAGAAGGUUCUAGAAACCGUUUGCAGACUCUCCUCAGGGACUCAGAAGUCAUCAAGUGCCGUCGCCGAGCACUUCUCAAACGGUCCCGUACGCACACGCACGCACACAAACACACACGCCAGGAGAGUCUUGUUAAGAAACCCGUGGUCCUGCGUUUCCAGCAUGCUCACGGGACCCUAAUGCUGCUGAUCUGGAGACCUCGCUUUGAGCAGCGAGACUGCGGGUGGCGUCUGAACCUGACGGACGGAUACGAAGAAGUGUGCUCUGUGCUCGAGGUGGAAAUGCAAAAUGAUGAACCAUUUAAAGGACGACGGGCAAAGGAUAGAGACACUCAGUAACUUGACCAAACUCACAAGAAGCCGGUGCGUGAACUGGAAUGAGAAACCAUUAAUUUGCAAUGGGAAAUACUCCUUUGCGAUGACAGAACAUGCAUGUCUGCCAUCCCAGGCACCUCACUGCACAGAUCAAGAUGCCCGUGACGUUCCGGGAGGGAGGCCCGGUGGGGCGCCUGGCUGGCUCCGUCAGAA